CCGCCUUUUCCUUCCCCUCUAUGACAGUCAACCGAAAAAAAAACCCCGAAAAGAAACAUCUCGCCACCAACUUACAGACAACGCAAACAGUAACGCUUCUAUCUCCUCUCCUGUCCUCUACUACCUUCUCGGGCUCUUUACAUUUCUUCCUCUUCAAGCUACCAACACUGCAUCUCUCUCUCACACUCUCUCUAAAUCCUUUUGAAAGACUUUCUCUGUUUACCUGUAAUUAAAAAUCGCCGACACUGUUUGGUCUUCACAAAUUUAGAGAACCUAAAGUCGGUGAAAAUGAACAGUUUGAGUUUGUUUAAGAGAGCUUCUAGAUGUUUCAAUGACUAUCCUUCUCUCGCUAAACUCGUUGUCGUUUGCACCAUCAGUGGUGGAUGCUAUGUUGCUUACGCAGAUGCAAAUGGAACAGGUGGUGCACCGCCAGUUUUGGAGGAGAUUAAGAAAAAGAAGGUGGUGGUGCUUGGAACUGGUUGGGCGGGAACCAGUUUCUUGAAGAAACUUAACAAUCCCUCAUAUGAUGUUCAGGUGAUAUCGCCUCGCAACUACUUUGCAUUCACUCCUUUGUUACCAAGUGUUACAUGUGGUACGGUGGAGGCUCGCAGCAUUGUCGAACCAAUUCGUAGCAUUGUCAGGAAGAAAAGUAUUGACAUUAGGUACUGGGAAGCUGAAUGUUUCAAGAUUGAAGCAGAAAAUAAGAAAGUUCAUUGUCGACCUAAUUCAGAAUCCAGUAAGAAUGGAAAAGAAGAAUUUGUUGUGGAUUAUGACUAUCUUAUUAUAGCCAUGGGAGCCCGUCCAAACACAUUCAACACACCUGGUGUAGUUGAGAACUGCAAUUUCCUAAAGGAAGUUGAAGAUGCUCAGCAGAUCCGUCAAUCUGUUAUCAACUCAUUUGAGAAGGCAAGCUUGCCGACUUUUAGUGAUGAAGAAAGGAAGAGAAUACUUCAUUUUGUAGUUGUUGGUGGUGGACCAACAGGAGUGGAGUUUGCUGCAGAGCUUCAUGAUUUUGUCAAUGAGGAUUUAGUCAAACUGUAUCCAGCAGCCAAAGAUUUUGUGAAAAUAACACUACUUGAAGCAUCAGAUCAUAUUUUGAACAUGUUUGACAAAAGAAUCACAGGUUUUGCGGAAGAGAAGUUCCAAAGAGAUGGCAUUGAUGUGAAGUUAGGGUCGAUGGUUGUGAAAGUAUCUGAUAAAGAAAUCUCUACUAAAGUAAGAGGGAAUGAUGGUGAAAUUACUACUAUACCAUAUGGAAUGGUCGUCUGGUCAACUGGAAAUGGAACUCAUCCUGUCAUAAAGGAUUUUAUGCAGCAAAUUGGUCAGAGUAAUAGGCGUGCUUUAGCAACUGACGAAUGGUUGCGAGUUGAGGGAUGUAGUACUAUAUAUGCACUUGGUGAUUGUGCAACAGUUAACCAGCGCAAAGUCAUGGAAGAUAUUGCAGCAAUAUUUAAGAAGGCAGACAAGGACAAUUCUGGAACUCUCACAGUAAAAGAAUUUCGGGAAGUCAUUAAAGACAUUUGUGAAAGAUAUCCUCAGGUGGAGCUAUAUUUGAAGAACAAGAAGAUGCGUGACCUUGUUGAUCUCUUGAAGAUGACUAAAGGGGAUGUUGCAAAAGAAGCAAUUGAACUGAAUAUUGAAGAAUUUAAGAAAGCCCUUUCAGAAGUUGAUUCCCAGAUGAAGAAUCUUCCAGCAACAGCUCAGGUUGCGGCUCAGCAAGGCACUUAUCUUGCUAAUUGCUUCAACCGUAUGGAAGAGGCUGAAAAAAACCCUGAAGGUCCUAUCAGGUUCAGGGAAGAAGGGCGCCAUCGCUUCCAUCCCUUUAGAUACAAGCAUUUAGGGCAAUUUGCUCCAUUGGGAGGAGAACAAACAGCAGCACAGCUUCCUGGUGAUUGGGUUUCAAUCGGUCAAAGCUCUCAAUGGCUUUGGUAUUCUGUUUAUGCAAGCAAGCUAGUCAGUUGGCGCACCAGGGUGUUGGUGAUUUCAGAUUGGACAAGGCGUUUCGUCUUUGGAAGGGAUUCCAGUGGCAUUUGAGCAGCUAUCAGCAGGUCGCAAGGUAUCCAUUUGGCAGGAUAAUAGUGCAUACUUUGUUAACCCCACUUUGGCAGUGCUGGAAACUUUGCUUUCAUAUCAUCUUUCAUUAACCAGUUUUGUUGAAUAAACAAACCCUCAAAUCAUGGUAGUUUACCAUAUAUUAAAAAUCUGGAAAGGUGAAUUUGUAUAUUUUACGUGCUAAUGGUCAGGAUCAUUACCCUUCGUGGUGCACAGUUUUCGCAUUA